AUGUCAGGUGACUCCCGUGAUGCGCCUUUUGCCCAACUGUCAAUGUCAUAUCUCUCAUUCUCUCGUAUUUUUAUCGCAACCUCUUUCAAUCUAAGAGCAUUCUCCUUUCGAGUUAUGUUUGAAACAUUUGGAACUUGUUGCUUGUCGAUUUUUACAGUGGUCAGUACCUUCAUAGCAGUGUAAUACAACGCAUUACAAAUAUAAUGGAUCACAUUUAUCCGCCGCACCGAACAAUCGAAGAAGAAUUGAAUGAACCACGCACGCAUUUUAUGCGAAAAGUUUUACAUGAGAUUGAAGAGGACAUUGCCGACACAUCAGCGUCGGAGUUAGAGUAUGAUUACACAACGGAGGAGGUGGAUUUCCUCAUUCAUCGGCAUUUGGUAGAGACAGCAGUAAAAUACAAAAAACGUGAGGCAAUGUUUUAUCAAAGGCAAUUAGCACAAACUGAAAAUGAGUCAAAAAGAUUACAAACAAGUUCGCCUGUUAAUGCGGAAAGGCAUAAUGAGGAACGUGAUAAUGCAGACAGUGAUAAUGGCGAAGACUUUUCUGCGGAAAAUGAUAAUGUGGAAAGUGAUAAUAUGGAAAAUGAAAAUAGGGAAGCUGAUAAUGCCGAAGACUCCUUUGCGGAAAAUGAUUUAGCACAAACUGAGAAUGAGCCAAAAAGAUUCAAAAUAAGUUCGCCUGUUAAUGCGGAAAGUGAUAAUGUGGAAAGUAAUAAUGCAGACAGUGAUAAUGACGAAGACUCCUCUGCGGAAAAUGAUAAUGUGGAAAGUGAUAAUAUGGAAAAUGAAAAUAUGAAUGCUGAUAAUGCCGAAGACUCCUUUGCGGAAAGUGAUAAUGUGGAAAGUGAUAAUAUGGAAAAUGAAAAUAUGGAAACUGAUAGUGCCGAAGACUCCUUUGCGGAAAAUGAUUUAGCACAAACUGAUAAUGAGCCAAAAAGAUUCAAAAUAAGUUCGCCUGUUAAUGCGGAAAGUGAUAAUGCAGACAGCGAUAAUGCCGAAGACUCCUUUGCGGAAAGUGAUAAUGUGGAAAGUGAUAAUAUGGAAAAUGAAAAUAUGGAAACUGAUAGUGCCGAAGACUACAUGUUGGAAAGUGAUUUAGUACACAAUUAUAAUGACGAAGACUCCUUUCCGGAAAAUGAUAAUGUGGAAAGUGAUAAUAUGGAAAAUGAAAAUAUGAGUGCUGAUAAUGGCGAAGACUCUUUUGCGGAAAAUGAUAAUGUGGAAAGUGAUAAUAUGGAAAAUGAAAAUAUGAAUGCUGAUAAUGCCGAAGACUCCUUUGCGAUUAGUGAACUAAAUGAAAGUGUUAAUGAUGACAACUACUUGGCGGAUGCCGAAAUAAAUGAUCAAUCAGAUUUGGAUGAUAAUGACCCCACGGCGGACUGCUUGAAAAGAAAAAUGUAUAGUCUUCAAAAGAAGCAAAACCUUAAAAAAGAACGUGAAACGCGCUCUGCUCGUUUGGCAUAUGUAUCACAUCGCAUACACUUUAGUCUACGGGAACUCUUUAAUGCACGCCAAUUUAUAAAGCAGGCUGAAGAAAGCAUAAGGGCACAUGGUGGCGAGAAUCUGAUCGCAAUGGAAAGGGCACGUGAGAUAUACUGGAAUCCGCGCAGAGUCGUAACCGAAGAAGCUAUAAAUGCAGGCCUGGCUGUGACCAAGGGUGUGGACACCAAAGCUGCAGCAGAGUUUGAUGCGGAAAUGCAUCCACCCAGAUACCCAGACGAUAGUGAUUCCCGUGAUUCUUAACUAACCGUUAGGCGCAAAAGCUUUUAUACGCUUUGUUGUUGUCUAAAACAACUAAACAUAUGUAUUUCUCCACAUUGUUUUAAAUUACAUUUCCAUUUCCAGCUUGCGCUUAGCCACCUUGCUCCUCGUCAUGCUUACAUCCCCAGCUGUCAAGCAUGUCGUAAUAUGUGCAUACGUUCGCUCAGCCAGUGCCGGGUCAGUUGGGUCACUUAAACAGCUGUCCAUUCUCUUUUUCUUUUCUCUUUUUUAUUAUGCCUGUCAUCCGUCACUGCCUACGUGUGCUCUAAUAUUUUCGUAAUCAGUACCUAUGUUCCGUUUGUCAGCUCAGCGCUAUUAAUUUUCAGUUUUCCUUUUGCACUAUUGUUAUUCUUACGGAGAUCUACGUCUUCUAGUUGAUUUCAUCUUCUAUGUUUGGUUACUAAGUUUAUUCACUUUUAAGGUCGAAUGUCUUGUGUUUGCCCAAAUCACUUACGAAAUUAGAUUUUACAGGGAUAUAAGUGCGAUUUUAUGAGUAUAUAUAGGCACAAAUAAGUAUGUAUUUAAAUGUAUUUAUGUUAGAGAUUAUUUUACUGUAUAUGUCUUCAAUAUGUACACAUGUUAGGUUAUGUAUUAGGUUAGGCAUUUAUGUAAGUAUCAGCGUAGAGAAUAUACAUAUCUUCCCCUAAAAUGCAAAAUAACGUAACAUCACUUUAAAUAAGUUUACAGGCGAAGGAAAAAUUACUUGAUGAAACCACUCAUAUUAGAACAAAAUUUAAGUUGUGGUUAUAAAACGGUUAUAUAUUGGUUAUGAAAUGGUUAUAUAUUGGUUAUGAAAUGGUUAUACAUUGGUUAUAUAUUGGUUAUAUCGGACAAAGGAAGCUGAAAAAUUGAAAUAUACAUACAUGCAAUAUGAUAUAAUGAAUCAUAAGCAAUAAGAAACUCAAUUAAAAUUUUUUUGAUGAUACGUUGUUUUGCAUUUUAGGAGAGGAUAUGCUCAUCUUCCCUUAUGUACUGGAAAGUUUUCUAAAUUUAAUGUAUGCCACAAACUAUUCUCAAAAAAUGUAAAAAAAAACCGAAAAUUAAUUCGGUAGAUGUAAAUGAUAAAUUAUUGUAGUUUUUUAUGUUUAAAUGUGUAAAGAAAAGUCAAAUAAAACUGUACACAAAUUAUAUAUUUUCUAAAAGUAUAAUUAAA